CCGUUAUGUAAUGAGGUGGCAGCUCUUAUCUAUGGGAACCUGGAGAGCAUUUUGACUGGAAUAAUAACGGAGGGGACCGUGUAUGAGGCAGCGCGUUUAUGACUGAGAGCAGCAGGGUGGGGGGAAAUAUUCUCAGCCUUUAGUGUCGGUUGAAGGCUGAGCUGCCGCCUUUUGUGUGUUUUGUGCAUUUCGUCGAGAAAUCGUUUCAACCCGAUUUGUAUUCAAAGGAGAUUUUAAGUCAUUUCAAAAUGGGUGCAGUGAUGGGCACGUUUUCCUCCCUACAGACUAAGCCGAGAAGACCAUCCAAAGGUCAGCUCUAUGUUAUGGACUACGCCCCCCGCCAGAAUAAGUCAGAUAAAAUAGACGAUGAACUAGAAAUGGCAACGGUUUGCUGUCGUCCAGAAGGCCUGGAACAGCUAGAAGCACAAACAAACUUUACUAAAGGAGAGCUUCAAGUUCUUUACAGAGGAUUCAAAAAUGAAUGUCCAAGCGGAGUGGUAAAUGAAGAUACUUUUAAGCAGAUAUAUUCGCAGUUCUUUCCUCAUGGAGAGAAUGCUUUACAUACUAACCUGGCCCACAAAGAUGCGAGCAUGUAUGCACAUUAUCUCUUCAAUGCAUUUGAUGCAGCCCAAACGGGAUCGGUGAAGUUUGAGGAUUUUGUGACUGCUUUAUCAACACUAUUGAGAGGAACAAUCAAUGAAAAACUAAGAUGGACCUUUAAUCUCUAUGACAUAAACAAAGAUGGAUACAUAAACAAGGAGGAAAUGAUGGAUAUAGUCAAAGCCAUAUAUGAUAUGAUGGGGAAGUAUACAUAUCCAGUUCUAAAAGAUGAUGCACCGAAGCAGCAUGUGGACUUAUUUUUUCAGAAAAUGGACAAAAAUAAAGAUGGUGUUGUAACUUUGGAAGAAUUCAUUGAAUCAUGCCAAGAGGAUGACAAUAUUAUGAGGUCUUUACAGCUCUUUGAGAGUAUCAUGUAAAGGGAAAGACAGGAUUCGUGCAGAUGAAGAAACUGGUGAAUUUGUGGAAUAUUAAAAUAAUUACAAAAAAACUACUUUUCAAAGAUGAACAAUUAGAAACUAUCAACAAGAAAUGUCCCAGCAAGGUUUUGUAGGAAGUAUGAUCUUUAAAAACAAGGCUGGGUCAAUAAAUUAUUUACUAUUUAACACCUUUUGGGAGACUGUCACAUUUAAAAUAAUACAUACAUUUUACUAAUUGAUAGCAUUCAUAUGGUAUUUGACAGAUUUGGCUGAUAUGCUAAAUUAACAACAGGCUCUUGUUUUAUUGUAGUUUUGAUAUAGUAUUCUUAAUUAAAUAGAACACAAUGGUGUGUAGUCAUUAACCAGUGAGUUUGAAGGAAACUUUGACUUUCUGAAUUUACUAUACAUUAUGAUAUGCCAACUCAGUGACAUUCUGCUGCAAGAAGGUUGAGUUGGCCCUGCUCAAUACAGAGUUCCUUAAGUGGAAUUAAUAAAAAUAACUACCCCCAUAUUUACUGAACAUUAUGCAAAGUGAACGUCCCCAGAUAAGGCUUACUUGGUUUUAUAAUACAUUUCAUUAGUCAAGGUAAAUUUUCAACUCUCCUAGACAAGAGAAUACUGUUCAUAUUCCUAUAAAGUUUCAUAGCCAUUUAUUGCAAGUGGGAGUUAAGUACUUGGCGUAAUGUUACAAAAUACUGCUGUAUGUCUGCAUUUUGUAAGAACCCACUGUGUUAUAUCAAAUUGUGUUUAUUUAUGUUAUUUAAAACUGUGAUUAGUCCAUAAUGUAUUCAUUAUCUGUAAUCUAUACACAUUACUUAUUUUUUUCAUUGUUUGUGUAUUACUGACUGUAUUUUCAAAAAAUGUCCAACAUUAAAACAAAACUGUUAUU